CGUAAUAAAUCCCUAGCUUUCAACGCUGAGAUUCUUGGGACACGAGAACCUUGGACCGAACCAACAAAAACAAAAGGUUCCUCAUUUUCCGGCUCAAACGUUACCAUUUUCCGUUUACAAUCAAUACUAGCAGAGUAUUUGGACAAAAAGUCCAUACCAAGUAUAAUAUCGAAUUCGGCCAAUGGUAACUCCACGAGAUCAGCAUUUAAUUCUCUAUCUUCAAUUCUAAUUACUACAGAUCUAAUCCACUUUCUUGAAAUAAUUAAUUCUCCAUUAGGCAACAGGGUUCCAAACCCCGUCUCGAGAAUAUCACUAGGCCUAUCAAACUGAUCAAGAAGUCUUGAUGACACAUAAGACCGAGUAGCACCCGAAUCAAAUAAAACAGUAUAGGCAAAACCAUUGAUUAGAAGCUGACCUGUAACUACUGAAGGACUGGCAUCAGCAUCAGCCUGAGUUAUUGCAAAAACACGAGCAGGUGCAGAUACAGGUUUGACCUCGGGCUUCGGUUCCUCUUUCUUCAACUGAGGACAGUCUUUCCUGAGAUGUCCCACCGAGCCACACUGAAAACAGGCUCUCCGGUUACAAACCCCGGGAUGAUGCUUCUUACAACGCGGGCACUCAGGAUAAGAAUAAGUCUGACGUCCUCCUCUAUUCUGGUUUCCUCGAAACCUUUUUCCUUGCCCUGAACUUCCCGAAGAUGGAAAAGUUCUUUUCUUCUGUUCAAAGGUAGAACCCCCACUCUCUUUCUCAGGACCCGACAUAGGAAGAGUAGUGAUCCCACCGACACCAGAAGACUCUCGGGUUUCUUGCAAAAAUUUAACUGCUCCUUCAGCUCGAAGAGCCUUAUCAACCAUUUCUGCAUAAGUUGUGGUAUCAUCUGUUGUAAUAACCAGGUCAUGUCUGAUUUUGGCAUUUAGUCCAGCCAAAUACUUUUCUUUCUUGCUGAAGUCUGUUGGUACAAUUCCGGAGGCUAACUUGGCCAAGCGAUCAAACUUGGUUGUAUAUUCAGUCACUGUCAUACCCUCGCCUUGUACCAACUCAACAAAUUCCUUCCGCUUUGCACUGCGGACCGCCUCAUUGUAAUAUUUGGCGUUGAACAAUUCCCGGAACUCUUCCCAGGGAUGUGACCAGAAUGACCUGGGAGGAGUUCCGGGAAUUGUUCAAUGCCAAGUAUUACAACGAGGCGGUCCGCAGUGCAAAGCGGAAGGAAUUUAUUGAGUUGGUACAAGGUGAGAGUAUGUCAGUGACCGAGUAUACCACCAAGUUUGAUCGCUUGGCUAAGCUAGCCUCCGGAAUUGUACCGACAGACUUCAGUAAGAAAGAAAAGUAUUUGGCUGGGCUGAAUGCCAAAAUCAGACAUGACCUGGUUAUUACAACGAGUGAUACAACGACUUAUGCAGAAAUGGUUGAUAAGGCUCUUCGAGCAGAAGGGGCAGUGAAAUUCUUACAAGAAACUCGAGAGUCUUCUGGUGUUGGUGGGGUUACUACUCUCCCUAUGUCGGGUCCUGAAAAAGAGAGUGGGGGUUCUACCCUUGAACAGAGGAAAAGAACUUUUCCAUCUUCAGGAAGUUCAGGGCAAGGUAAAAGGUUUCGAGGAAACCAGAACAGAGGGGGACGUCAGACUUAUUCUUAUCCUGAGUGCCCGCGUUGCAAGAAGCAUCAUCCUGGAGCUUGUAACCGGAGAGCCUGUUUUCAGUGUGGUUCGGUGGGACAUCUCGUGAAAGAUCGCCUCAGUUGAAGAAAGAGGAACCGAAGCCCGAGGUCAAACCUGUAUCUGCUCCUGCUCGUGUUUUUGCUAUAACUCAGGCAGAUGCUGCUGCCAGUCCUUCAGUAGUUACAGGUCAGCUUCUAAUCAAUGGUUUUGCUUAUACUGUUUUAUUUGAUUCGGGUGCUACUCGGUCUUAUGUGUCAUCAAGACUUCUUGAUCAGUUUGAUAGACCUAGUGAUAUUCUCGAGACGGGGUUUGGAACCCUGUUGCCUAAUGGGGAAUUAAUUAUUUCAAGAAAGUGGAUUAGGUCAGUAAUAAUUAGAAUUGAAGAUAGAGAAUUGAGUGCUGAUCUCGUGGAGUUGCCAUUGGCCGAAUUUGACAUUAUAUUUGGUAUGGACUUUUUGUCUAAAUACUCUGCUAGUAUUGAUUGUAAACGGAAAAUGGUGACUUUUGAACCGGAAAAUGAGGAACCUUUUGUUUUUGUUGGCUCGGUCCAAGGUUCUCGUGUCCCAAGAAUCUCAGCGUUGAAAGCUAGGGAUUUAUUACGAGACGGAUGUGUUGGUUUUCUGGCAGUGGUAGUGGAUUCCAGUAAACCUGUGUUACUUGGACCAGAAGAAGUUAAAGUGGUUAAGGAAUUCCUGGAUGUAUUUCCAGAGGAAUUGCCGGGAUUACCACCUCAGCGGGAGAUAGAUUUCAUCAUU